AUGUCCACAGUCCCGACAACAGCCAAGGUCCUGCUGCUCGGUGACGCCAGCGUCGGCAAAACUUCUUUACGGUCUCAGUUCAUCCACCAUCGCUUCUCUUCUGCAUACCGCUCAACUGUCGGCGGUGAUUUCCUUACAGCCAAAGUCCAUACCUCUCCAGACCCAACCAACCUGAGUUCUCCAACAGAAACCAUUUCUUUACAAAUCUGGGACACUGCGGGCCAGGAACGGUUCGACUCCCUGGUACGCUCAUUUUACCGCGGAACCGAUGUCGCCAUCCUCGUCUACGACGUCACUAACGCCGCUUCCUUUUCUCACCUCUCCAAAUGGCUCCGCGACUUUGUCACAGCAUCAAGAGUAAGAACUCCAAUCGUGAUUGUUGUUGGCAAUAAAAUAGAUAAAGCAGAGUAUAGAACAGUUUCUGAAAGACAAGCUUGUGAAUUCGCAGACUCAGCAGCUGCUGCAAAUAAUCUCCAGCCACCACCAUGGCCCAUUCCACAUUAUCAAACCUCAUCCACAAGUCCUAUUGAUUUUAAAAUCAUACCCAAUAAUAAUGCCAAUGACUUAGCUCAUAGCCAUGAUCAUGUUAAUGAAUACGACAUUGAUCAUGAACACAAUAACCCUACAAAUCUUAUCUCAGAUCAGUCCUUCUCUACUGCUCUUUCAAUCUCCAGCGGCAGUGUCAUUUCCUCCAGAACAUUUACAUCUGGAUCCCAGCAGCAGCAGCAGCAUCAGCAUCAGCAGCAACAACAACCCCAAUCUUCUCUUCCGUCUUCUCCUUUACUCCAGCCAGGUACUUCGACAACGCAGCAACAACAACAACUACAACAGGAACCUGCAAUCAGGUGCUUCGAAGUUAGCGCAAAGGAAAAUAUCGACGUCGAUAGACUCUUCACCUACGUGGCAGACCGUAUAGUGGCCGCACGGCGAGACGUGCUUUUUAAUUUUGAUUCAGUAGAAACGUCGGAUGGUCCCAUGGUUGACAUUACAGACACUUCUCGCUCUAAAUCCUACUGCUGUUGA